AUGGCUGGCAAGGACCUUGAAGAACUGGGUUCCCUUAGGAAGAGAAAGCGCAGGACUCAGAAUAAAAAAAAGCUUCUUGUUGGUGACAAAGUUGAGGUGAGGAGUCUAGAAGAUGGGUUUCAGGGGUCGUGGCACCCUGGGAUUGUUACUGCAUGCAAGAAGCAAGGUUGUCGUCAAGUUCAAUACGACCAUAUUCUAUCUGAUGACGGGUCUGAUAAUCUGGUUGAUGUUGUGUCUGUUUCACCCAUUCUGGAUGGUAUUGGCUCAUUCACUCGGGACUGGAGUAACUAUCGUGGGUGUAUAAGGCCAACACCCCCUCGCAUCCAGCCAGGGGAAUGGGACCUUCCCUAUGGACUCUGUGUGGAUGUGUAUCAUCUAGAGGCUUGGUGGGAAGGUGUUAUCUUUGAUCAUGAAGAUGGUUCAGAGGAGAGAAGGAUCUUCUUCCCGGAUUUGGGUGAUGAACUAAAGGCUCAGAUUGACACUUCGCGAAUUACUCAUGACUGGGAUGAGGUUACAGAAAAUUGGAAGCGGCGUGGAACUUGGAUAUUUCUUGAGUUGCUUGAGCACUAUAAUCAGGAGAGGUAUAUUUCCGUUUCCGUGAAGCAAAUUUGGUAUGACGUGCGUGAAAAAGAACCCUUCGAGUGGACUUCUUUAAUGAGACAUGUGUGGGAAGAGUUGGUUUUGGAGGUCAUUAAUGAUAACAUAAGCAUCACAGUUGAUGAACUAUUUGGGGCAUUAGACAAGUCAGGAUUCUUUUCACAAGAAACCCCCGUAGAAUUGGAGUCAGCUGUUUUUGUUUCUGAUGCUAAUAUGAAUCCUAAAGAAAAUAUGGCAGACUCUUUGGCUAUUGUACCUGUUGAUGAGUUGCUGAAUAGUGAUUUGGUAGUUGAUCGUGAAGAUGCUGUGAAUAAGGUAUUGAACUGCAGUGCUGAGAUUAUUAAUGAACGGCAUCUAAAUGGAGGUUUGUCUAUCAAUCCAGACUCUGCCUGCACGGAGCAGGUUCAAGAGAAAUCUUAUAGGGAUCAAUUGAUUUCUGUGGUAGGAGAUGAAGGACCAAAUAUGAAUAGUUUGGAGUACUCCGAUAUAUCCUUCCAAAAUAAAGGGGUGUGUGUUCUACCUCAGGUUUUGUUGGUGUUUCCUCCUAAUCUUGAUGGAAAUUCUUGCACCAAUUCUGUUAUCAGCAAUGAUGGAAUUUGUAGUACUAAUUACAGAGGCAGAAGUACCCUAGAUUGGCAACCUUUGGACACUCCAGCUGAGUGUUGCCCUGAUGCUGUUGAUGAAUAUGCAGAUUUUUUUAAGGGAAUGUCUUCGAAAUUCUCAACAACAGUUGUUAAGCAGCAUAUUUCAUACUUGGGCUGGAAAAUACAUAGUGCAAUGGAUAAGGGCAGGCCCAGACUACGAUACUUGUCUCCUGCUGGAGAAUACGAGUACUCUCUUCGUCAAGUGUGUAAGAAGUUGAAGAAACACAAGAAAGAUACACUUUUUUCAAUCUCUCAAGAUGCACAUCAGGAUUUGCAUGGUUCAGCAGAAGAGUCUCUUCUCAUUGAACAGCCACAAGAGAUUCCACAUCCUAAUUAUUAUCCUCAGAAAGUAGAGUCUCCUUGCUUCAAGGUAUUUAUUUUCAAACCUGAAUAUUGCCCUGAAGCAGUUGUGGAAUAUUAUAUGCAUGCAGCAGGCAAGACAAUCAAGAAGGAACUACGAAAAAUGAUUUCAAAAGCAAAAAGGCACCUCUCAGCUGUGGGGUGGGUGUUUGUGUACUUGAAUGCAAAGUCAAGGAACUUGCACUACAGGUCACCCAGCGGAGUACUGUAUCGUACACUUCAAAGUGCAUGCAAAAGUUGUAUGGAUGAAGGAGUUUCUGAAAAAAGACCUGCUGAAUGCAUGUAUGUUGUUGAGGAAGAUGAGGGCCAGUUGACUAGAAAUAAAUUAUGUUCUGCAGCAAGUAAUUUGGAUUUUCAGGAAGGCUUAGUACCAUUAAAGACUCUGUCCAAAAAGUGGUCUAGAGAUUCUGGUAUCAUUUUACAGUCGAGUAAGCUUGGUAAUGUGAAAGUUCAAGGUCGUAGAAAACGCCGAAGGAAGAGAAAUGAUACUUUAUCAGAUCUUGCACCUGACUUACUUCAAAGACAGCCUUACUUACAUGGUAGAACAGAUGGAUCAACAAAGGAUCAAUGUACCAGCCCUCCAAAGUUGAAAAGGAGGAAGGUAUCUGAAGCUUUGAAUCGGUUAAAAAAUGGUCUGGAUGGUAGUCCCCCAACUCGUGUGCUUAGGUCAAGCAAAUGGGUGCAGGAAGCGGUUACAUCAACUUCCUCGCACAACAAUCCUCGUACUGUCUUAUCUUGGUUGAUAGACAAUAAUGUGGUUUUACCAAGGGCAAAAGUACAUUAUCGUAGCACAAAGGAUAGUCAUCCAAUGAAAGAAGGGAGGAUAACUCGUGAGGGGAUCAGGUGCAGCUGUUGUCAAGAGGUGUAUACUCUUAGUUGCUUUGGGAAUCAUGCUGGCAGCAGUUACUGCAGUCCUUCUCCAAAUAUUUUUCUGGAAGAUGGUAGGUCUCUCUUAGAUUGCCAGAUGCAAAUUAUGCAUGAUAGAAGGAAGAGGAGCUUGCAAAAAGAACCACGUGAUAGGAUAAAGGGCAAUCGGCGCCGAGGCGAAAAUGAUUACAUUUGUACUGUGUGUCACUAUGGUGGUGACCUAAUUUUAUGUGAUCAAUGCCCAUCAUCAUUUCACAAAAGUUGCCUUGGCUUGAAGUAUGUUCCAGAUGGUGACUGGUUCUGUGCAUCUUGCUGUUGUGGAAUUUGUGGCCAAACCAACUUCGAAGAAGAUAAAGAGCCUAUUAUGGAUGAUAGUAGUGUUCUCACAUGUGGUCAAUGCGAGCAUAAAUAUCACAAAGGGUGCCUGAGGAAAAGGGGUGCAGAUAAGUUGGAAAGCGAUCCAAAAGGAAAUUGGUUUUGCACCAGAAAUUGUAAAAAGAUAUUUUUAGGCCUCCACGAGCUUCUAGGGAAACAGAUUCCAGUGGGAGAUAACAAUCUAUCUUGGUCACUAGUCAAGUCCAGUAAGUCUGAUAUUCAUGAUACUGAUGAACCUGAUAUUGAUGCCAUUGAGAGUUACAGCCGACUCAAUGUUGCUCUUGAUGUGAUGCACGAGUGUUUUGUGCCUGUUAAGGAACCUCUUACCAGGAGAGAUCUUGUAGAAGAUAUCAUCUUCACUAGAGGGUCAGAUCUUAACCGUCUGAACUUCCGAGGGUUCUAUACUGUGCUUUUGGAGAGAAAUGACGAACUAAUCACUGUGGCUACUGUAAGGAUCUUUGGAGGCAAGGUGGCUGAAGUACCUCUUGUUGCUACCAGAUUUCAAUAUCGUCGACUUGGAAUGUGUCGUAUACUAAUGGAUGAACUUGAAAAGAUGCUUGUGCAGUUAGGCGUGGAGAGAUUGGUUUUGCCAGCUGUCCCCAGUGUACUAAACACAUGGACAACUUCAUUUGGGUUCUCUACGAUGACAGCUUCUGAGAGGCUACAGUUUCUGGAUUAUACUUUCUUGGACUUUCAGGGUACCAUUAUGUGUCAGAAACAGUUAAUGAAAAACCCUCCAACUGAGGCAGUCCCUUUAGAAGGAACCCAGCUUGAUCUUUGUUUAGAUACCUAUGAAAGUCAUGAUAAUAUCGAUGUUGAUAGGUCCAGUGCUGUCUCUGAAGUGUAUCAAGCAGAACAAUUUGAGGAUAGCGGAAUUGUGCACCAAGGAGUGGACAAUGCUGCAGGCAAGAAAAGUAGACCAUGCUUCAGUGAGAGCAGUCCAGAGUUUUCCUCCAUGGAAAAUGCCAUUAAAAAGAGGGCAUGUGAUGGCUGCUACAAGCAGUACAAGCGAAGGAGGAUAUCCGCCAACGGAAGCUGA